ACUUCAACUUCAAGCUUGCCAACAGUCCACAGCCCAAACUAUCAGAAUAAAGGCACAUUCACUUCAACAAAAAGUCAUUCAUCGGAAACUUGUUCAGCUUGGCCAUGGAGUCCUCCUCAUCUUCAUCUUCUUCUUCAAAAUAUUAUCUUUCUUCUUGGGAGUACCUUGCUUUACUCUUUAUACGCCCAAUCCUCGCAAUCGCAUUCGUGAUUUCAUUGAUUUCUCUCGGUUGGUGGUUGGCGUGGAAGCUAGUUCUGGUUCACGUGCCUCUGGUGCAAGAGAUAUUCGGUUUGAGGAAAAAAACUUUCAAGCCAAAACCUCCUACACGGCGGCUAUCUAAGAUUUACAACAGCAUGAAUGCCCGAAAUUCAUCAGCUUCUUGAUGAACAGAAAAGGCAGCUUUGAAUGAAAGAGGGAUCAAAAUUCUGAGUCUUGGUAUGUCCUGAUGGGUUAGGAUUGGAGCUUCAAUAGUAGCGAGGGUGAAAAAUAACAAAGUGAUCAUUUUAUGCAUUGACGAUAUUGACUUCAGAGCUUCUAGAGGCUUGGAAUUGGGAGAUUUAUUAUACUCCAGUUGUAUAUAAAUUUGUGGUCUUGUGAAAGACAUGAUGUAUAAAUCAGCUUUAUUACAAAAUGUAUUUAAAAAUAGUGGGCUUUCCCAAUUUCUGACCUUCCAUAUCAAAUUUAGAAACAAGUGAAGAAGAAAUCGGUGCCUUCCCAAAGGCCAUUAUUCAACUGAA